UGGCCGCCGCCUCCUCUGUUGGGGUGAGAGAAGAGUCUGUGUGUAUCAGCAGCCAAAGUUGUUAUCUCAGGGAUUGGUGUGAGAUCUGCUGGGCCGCACGCAGCUGAUUCAGGGUGAUACCAUGGAUCCAUCGGUUUGUGAGAGCUUGCUGACAGAUCUGUGCAACACCCAAAGGGUCUAUUUAUUUAGCCUUUGGAGGUUUAUUUAAAAUGCAUAUUUUCUUGAAAUGCCUUUGGUUUACUGAAUUGUUGAGAUCAGAUUAUCAAUAACUUAUAAUAAAAGUAGACAUCAUGGGUGUUUUUAUUUGUUUAUCCUGUAACAGUGUUCCUUCUCUUAAAACAUGGGUGUUGGUGCUUUCUCGGGAGAGUUGUUUUGAAGCGCUGAGGUAAACAUUUACCAACAUGUAGUUAGCUUAAUUCCAACAUGUGUGCAGCAGUGUCAGAUGCCAUUCUUUGCUGAGCGAUCACACUAGAUUUAGGAGGUAUGUGAAGAAUGCACAGUGGAAAAUCGCACAUCUUGGGUCUGAAUUCGGUGAGGGUUUACAUGUUCUCCAUACAGCCAACGGGACGAACCAUGUUUAAUGAGUAAGGUAGCUCUCUUGGAAGCAGUGAUAAAAGCAGGUGGUUAAACUCCUCUGGACUGAAUUGGAUCUGAUGUUCUGAGUGUCCGCAGCCUUGUGUGUGUUUGUGUCUCUGCCCUGUCCCUGUGGCUGCACUCCUGGCUGCUCGUGCUGAUGUGAGUGGGAGCAGUGCCGGACAGGAGCAGCACGCUCUGUGCGAAGGAGGCCUCUGGGUCUGUGCAUCCUGAGCUAAAGAAGCCCUGACAGCCGUGCUGUGGUGUGUCCCUGUGAGACACCUCUGUGUGAUGCAGGCUCACCAGCCAGGGCAGGGUGAUGUUAUGAAUCAGCGCUCGGUGUGUUCAGCCUUCCCAUGGAUGUUGUUUGAAAUCAGCCUUAUCCUUAGUGAUGGCUGCAGUGAUACCUGGACAGAGAAACUUUACGAGAACUGUAACGAGAGUUGUGUCCUUUCAGCUGAAGGCAGCAGCUUCCCUAGCUGGGAAAUACAGCCUUUGCUGCUGGUGACUUCAUUCUCAGCCCAGCAUUUGGACUGGCGCAAUUAGCAAUCACCAUACAGUGAUCAAAAUUAAAAACAAUUUUUUGUUUGGUUCUUUACUCUUUAAUUUGGUUCCCCUUGCAGUCCUCUGUGGUGUUGUGUUAAUGGUGUAAAGGUGUGGCAUUGGGGCCGGAGGGAAGGAGGAAGGCAGCAGUUACUGUUGCCACAUCGCAUCCCCGGGAAUGGGAUUGGUGUGCAUUGCUGCUGUGUGGAGCUCUGGUCCAGCAGGGCUGUGUUCCUCACCUCCAGUGCCCGCGUUCUGGGGAAGUUAACGGCUCGAGAUGGUAAUUAGUGAAUGAUUGCAGGGAGAUUCUGAAGUUUGUUUGUUUAUAUACUGAGUAAGUUUAGUGAGAAAAAAAUAAGUAAUAGCUUUUCUAUGCUGUAAGUAGGGUAUGUAGCUUGCUUUAUCAUGCAAAGAAUUACAGCUGUUUAGUUGCUAGUGAGUUGCUCUGUGGUGUGUAAUUGAAUCCAAAUCCCCAUACAUUAUAUAUGCUUCCUCUGUAACUUCUUUGCACAAAUGUGUCUAGUUGAGUUUCAAAGAGCUCGGCUUAAUACACAUCUACAGUUACGUCUUUCAUAAAGUUCUUUCAGUGCCUCCAUGGAAAGUCUCAUUUGCAGCUUAAUAACUGGAGGUUUCCCCAUUUAUAGUUGGAGUUUGCCUCUUUGUAGUUUCAGCCCCUGCCUGCAGUUACAGACGUGUGUUUCGCAUUAGGGAGGGUUCCUUUCAUUGCAGUGAGCCCAGGCGUUCAGGAGUGCUGCAGCCGGUGCGUGGUGCUGCCACUGGGGCUCCGUGUCAGCCCCAAAGCUGUGGCACUGCUGGCGUCCAGCUUUCCCAGUUGGGGCAGCUCGGAGCUGAGAUUUGGUUUCCAGGUGAGGUGAUGCAGCUGCUCAGAAAGAACUUGGUGUGUGUGGGAGGAAAAGUUGAAAAUGGCACUUUCUUGCAGUGUCUGUGCGAUAGCAGGUGUGUGCUGCUUGCUGUUCAUAGGUUGUUCACUAAUUGUGGUUACUGGAUUGUGACCCACUCUACCACAUUGGUCUCAAAUACCUGACAUACUUUUUUUGCCUGUAUUCUGAAUGUUUGCUUGCUUGUAAUAUUUUGUCCUCGCUGGCAUUCGCGUUGCUGUCAGUGUGAUGCCAUUUGUGCAUGUGGGGCGGUGCCCUCUCCUGAGUGCCUGGCUCCUGAAGCUGUGUGCCUGUGCCCUUCCCUGGGCAGCUUCUGCCUUCCAGGUGAGGGGGUGGCUGUGCAUCUGAAUGGAGGCUGUGCAUCCAUGGCAAGAACGUGGCUGUCUGCUCAUCUGUCCUCCUGUCCCCUUCCCCUUGCCUGCCCUGACGCUUUCUGCUGUGGGUGCUGCUCACAGGAGAGGUGAUGAAGGCAAUGGUGCUGCAGGCAGUGAGCAGGAUUCAGCUCUGCAGUGACAGGUAGAGCAGAGGGCUGGGCCUGCUCUGUUGCCGAUGGUGUGCGGGGCACUGGAAGCAACAUCCUGGGAGCUGUGUGCCUUGCAUCCCUCCUGUGGUGCUGCUUUAUGCCUGCUGAGGGACCGGCACCUUGGGAAGGUGGAACUGACUCUCAGUGUUCUGCUGUGCGUUCUUCAUGAGCCAAGUGCCAAAUAGCCUGUUGGGUUGGUAAGUGUUCUGCGAAUGAGAGGUGUACCAAGUCAAAUAGUGGCAAAUGUGUGUGCAGUUUGGAGGGAAGCAGGCAGCACGCUAUGCACUGUUAUGGACCAGCUGCGUAUCGGUAUGUAUCUGUCUUCCCUUCUUUCCAGUUUUACUGGCUGGACUCAGAGCAAAGGUGACAUUGCUGCCCUCCACACCAGGUCACUGUGUUCAUAAUGGAGCGAGCUGUGUGUGUGUGUAAGUAGUGCAACCCCAAAUUUAAGAUGCAGCCAGAGGUGGGGUUUGAGGCAGCGGAGCAGAUUCCAGCUGCAGAGUAACUUACCACAAAGUAUCUGCAGGGUGCAUCCAGCCCGCAGCAGCCAAACCAGUUCAGCCAGUACAUCACGUGUGACAUCACUCAAUAUUUGGGGUAAGGGUGAAAAUGAGCUGGUUCAGGGGUGGUGAAGCACCCGCUUUUCUUCAAUGGCCGUGCAUUUGCAAGUGAGCAUCGUAUGCUUCCCACUGCGCUGUGAGGGGUCUCAGCUGAGUUCUGAUUCAGCUUUGUAUGCUGGGGCUGAUUGUGAAGGAGGAAAGCACUGGCUUGUUUGCAAGGGAACGUAGCAGUAAUCCACAGCAAAUGUGUUUGGUUUUAACCUUCAAGCGCACACACAUAUCAGUAGAUACAGAAAAGGUAAUAUAUGCUAGUUUGGUGUGACCAGCAGGUUAACAUUUAGUACAGAAUACCUUGGUGGGUAGACUGGGGGCUGGGGGCAGCUGGUGUUACUUACCCAGUUAUUGAAUGUGUAGGUAGUUCAAAAACACCUUCCUUAAUUGGCCAUUUAAGAUAUUAAUGCAUUUUUCUCAGAUUAAGUGCAAAAAUGCGUGCAUCAGUGGCACCAGCAGUACUGUAACGGAUCUGUGUGUUGUUGCAGCUUUAAACCUAACGCGUUUUAAUAUUUCUGCUAAACCCUUUUUUCCACCUUUGCUCGCUGGCUGUACAGGACAGGCUCUGUGGGUUUGGAGACACUGAGAGCAGAGUGGAUUUGGAACGACUUUGUGGCAAAAUGAAGAAUGGUCAGCUUGGAAAUAAUGUCCUUCUGGUUUGUGUCUGCCUGCUUCCUCUGGGAGGCUUUGUCAAAUAGAGGCAGUUCUGCUGGAAGCGGUGGAUGGGUUUCAGAGCAGUUCAGCUGUGCUGAAUACUUGCAGUUUGGAGCAGACAGUUCCAGUCUUUCACCAUCUUUUAGUGCAGUGCCUGAGUGGUCUUCAGUGUACUUCUUUCAGAAUUCAGAAACGUACUUGAAGACGGGCUCAUGUUGGACUUGAUGUGCACCAGGGAUAACAGUGUGUUAGCCAGUGGAAGGCAAUGUGGAUAAUGAGCUGAGAUGUCCUGUGAGAGGAAAGCUCGGAGCGGGGUUUCAGCAGUACUGCAGCAGUUUGCAGCCCAGAGGCAUGGCGAGAUCUGUUUAUUUAACACCCACAGCUCUUUGAUAUGGAACGUCACAGAAGUGCUGGAAAACAGAACUUGGCGCUUUGUAUUUGGGAUGUUAGGGGGUUGAAUACAGUCUUAUAGAACUGGAUAUAAAGGUACAAGGGCUGCUCCAAAAGUAAUGCCUCCUAUUUUAUUAUAUUGGCCCACAAUAUCUGGAAUGGAUGUUGGUGGGAUGGCAGUAGAGGUAGAACCUUCCCACCAAUACGCCAUGACACUUUGUUGCUGUGUGACAGAUGGCAGCAGAGCGGACGGUCUGACAGAACAGAGUCUGUCAUGGAAGUGAGUAUGAAGUAAAGGGGUGUCACUGAAUUCCUCCAUGUGGAAAAAAUGGCACCCGUGGCAUUCGUUCAUGCUUUCUGAGCAUUGAUGGAGACCAAAGAGUGGAUGUAGCACAGUGAGGGGUGGGUGGUGCAUUUCAGCAGUGGUGAUGGUGACGUGAAAGACCAGCCACGUUCUGGGCAGCCACAUGGAUUUCGACAAGUGCAGCAUGCAGGCUGUUGUUCGUUGCUGGUGAAAAUGCACAGCUAAUGGUGGUGACUAUGUUGAAAAAUAGCGUUUUUUAGCUGAGAACGUACUCUAUCAAAGCGUUAUAUUACACUUAAUAUUGGUUGUUGUUUCCGUGGAACUAAAUAGGAGGCAUUACUUUUGGAGCAACAUAUGUAGAAGUCUGAAAAUUCUUAAAGCCAUUUUUCCUGAUUUCCCUUUUCUUUGUGUAAAUGUGAAGGGCUGUGUAGGAGUAGCAUUGAUAACAGUGAUACCAUAGCUCUAAGUCUGAUCCUCACGUAGAACUUGACAGUAUUUCAGCAGUAGCACAGUGCAUUUUCUGUAGUCUCCAGUUGCUGGAAGAGAAUGAAGAGGUUCCUGCUUGGAUAGUGACCAGUUGCCUUUUUUUCCCCGUGUCUAGAAAUGCAAUUUGCUUUCGGCAGUCAGGCUGUACUGAGAUAAGGCAGUUUGGGCAUCAUGUUGUAUUUAUUUGUUUGUUCCCUUCAGGAGACUUUCAAUUCUGGAUCUGCUUAAGCACAGACAGAAUGAAUGCAGCUUCAAUGUUCAUUGAGUCAGGCUGUGGGUAGCUGGAUUUCCUUCUUCAUUGGAGCUACAGAACUAACAGCUUCUGGAGUGUUUCACCUGGUUAUGUGCUACCUGCUUAAUGGUACUGAGGGCCAAACCUGGUUUCUGGAGGAGAGUAGGUACUACUGACAGUUGGAACACAGGUAACUGCAAAUAGUAUGAAUUAAGCUCUGGGUCACAAACCACGUGCAGACCUUCAUUGGUAGCAGCAGUGUCAGUAGUGCAGCUGUGGCUUUUCACGUUUCUGCUUUCCUUUUCCUCUGCUUAUUCUUCCUGUGUGGUUUUCAUCUCCUCUGGUUCAGGUGCUGCCUGGGCUUCAGCCCUGUACCGGUAAAACAACCCGCUUAAAAACUGACACCAUGCUUUGCAAGGUAGCAGCCAUGCACAUAGGUGUCUGUGUCCUUGUUUCCUUAACGUGUACUUAGUGCUGAGGAAAUAAGCAGCAGUUAAAUUGAACUGAAAUGUUCCAGAAAGGGAAACUUAAUUUUUUUUUUAAGCUUUGUAUUUUAACAUCUUUACCACAGCAUUUGAUAACAACUGCUUGUUGCUUCUAAUAUGAUCCUUCUGUUUCAUACUGAAUUUAUUUUAUUCUUCUCAGCAAGUGAGUCUUGUUUUUUAACCUGUUUUUUUUUUUCAUCAGGCGUAUGCUUUGGCUUGCAACUUAUGUCCUGCAGUGUAUCUUCCCAAGUGGGAAAAAGUUGGUGUGGGAGGGAUAGGAGCUGCUGGAGAGGACAGAAUUGUUCUGGAAAGGAUUAUUGGGGUGUUCCUCUGGAGGACAGAAAGUUCUGCAGUUCCUGUCUCUGUAACUGGUCAUAAUGGGUCUCUGCAGGGGAAGCCAUCUCUUCAUCUUGAUAUUAGCAUCGAUUAACUGAAGAAUAUUGAGAAAGUUAUGCAAAACUGGGUCUCACUUCACCUGCUGCUGUUCAUAAGUAGCUCUUGUUCAGCAGUUCUCUUUGCUGUGCCCCAUGUUUUGCUGGUAGGCAGCCUUUGAGAGAUGCUAACGUUAAUGCAGUGUGAGUCCAUGCCCUGAAUGCUUUGCCUCAGCCCAUUCACCUGCUGGUUGUCUUAGGGGAUCACCUGUGCAGUGGAAGCAUUUGGAUUAAUCCCAUUGCAAACUACUGAUGGUAGUGAGCCAACAUUGAGAUUCUUUGUGGCACCUCUGAAUAACCAAAGUGGUGUCAAAUCCUGGUACUGUUGAAUGCUAAAUGUUGGAUUUUGACCUGGGCACUGCAUGAUGGCUAUUUCUAUGCUCUGAGGCUGCCACAGAGAGCAGCUAUCUGCUGCAGCAGGCCUUCACCCUGCACCGCCCCUUUGCCUCUUCAUUGCACUCGCAGCUGUUGGGGGGAGUAAAUAAGGUGAAAGAGAGUGAAUUGAACUUCCUGAUUUGGGGGUUAAUUUUAGGCUACGUGUGUUCACUCAUGUUGGUUGGUCUCACAGACGGGUGGGCAGUUGGGCUGGGGUGGGAGGCAGUGCAACUCUUAAACUGUACAGAACUUCAUUAACUUUUUUUUUUGUUUUUAACUCUUCUAAGAACCUUAUUUGACAGUGGGCCCUUUCUCACCCGAGGAGGGCGAUAGGAGAUGGGGCUGUAGCAGGGUUGCAAGCAUGAGUGUCAAACUGCCGCUUAGUGCCGACACCUGGUUUUACCAUUACAGAAACCACUUCGGGGAUGAAGUUGCUCCCAUUGCAGAUCUACUUCUGAGUAUCUUCACUUCCGUUCUUACUUUGAACAAGGGUAUUCCUUGUACCUAAAAAUACUCUCCAUUUUCCAACUCUGAGGCAUGUUCAACGUUCUCACCUGUAUUAAGUGGGUUACUAUUUUCAGGUUAAAGUAAAUGUAAAAUCUCCAACAGUCAUAAUGUAACCACUGAAGGGGGAAGGGAAGUUCCUGCUCAAGCCACAUUUCUUCUCAUACUUCCAGCACAGUGGCUAAAAUCACCUCAAGGCUGUGUCCAGGUGCUCAGACCUGGAGCUGGUGCUUCCUGCAGCCUUCCCCAUGUCCUGCACUGAUGUCAGAGAUGUGCUGGAUCUGAUGUUUGCAGCAGCAUGCUUAGAAGCUGUUGGAGGUAAACUUUCCAGAUAGAGAGACAGGUUGGAGGAGAAGAUUGAUUUUAGUCAUAUUAAAGUUAACUUCUGGUGCAUCUUUUGCUGUUCACACAUAGUUCACAGGUUAGACUUGAGCAUUAAACUGAUUUUAUGUUGUUGACAGGGCUUAGUUAGUGUACCCUAAGCAAAAUACUGGCUGAGAUUAGCUAGGCUAGUGUUAAUUUUUGGUCUCUUGUUUUAGUACGCCUUGAAAUGUGUGUCAACCACCUCAGAUCCAUGCUUUAUUAAGUCAAAGGAUGGCUGUACAGUAAAAGCACUUGACAUUUUGGCAGGGUACAGUUUUGUUAAUAGGGAUGUGAGUGUUUUCUGAAGGAGGAAAUUUUUUGAUGUUAUUAGGAUUGUUGAGUAAUUUAUGGGUCAUUCACACUCUAAGCAUUGGACUGUUGCUCAUUGUACAAAGCUAGUUAACCCCUCAGUGUUGCAAACCCCUUCUUGGUGGUAGUGAUUCGUUUCUGGUUCCUAUGUCACGCUCAGGAAUUGGUGUGGGCAGUCUGGUCGCCUGGGGCUCCAGAGGGGAUGCCCUGCUCGCUCCUUGGCCUCGUGCAAUGUCUGCAGCUGAGCUGUCUGCUUCCCCAGGCACUGCCUGGAAGCUGGGGGAGCUGCUCAGGGCUGGCACAAGCCUGCUGUAUGCCCCCGUGUUUCCUAGGGAAGUGUGUGUUGGGAAGACAGGCUGUGGAAAUGGGUCAGUACUUCCCAAGGAGUGACUCUGGCCUACAUGCUGGUUGCAGUCAGAGGAGUGCCUGCAGCCUGGAACCACACAUGGCUAUUGUACGAGCAGAAUGUGUUGGUUCUGAUUGCAGCCAUGUCUCCAUGCUCUUCAGAUGUGCACAGGGGCCAGAGGGGUGUCUGCUCCCAUCCCUGCUGGCACUGUGAUAGUGAUAGUAUGGCUGCCUGCCCAGCGAGGAGGGGCACCGCUGCUCUGAUGGAUAACAUGCAGCUUCCGCUGCUGCGUGCUGGCUUUCUAUUUAAAAUGUGGCUGUAUGUUUGAUCAUAUUGACUAGUUGUCUGGGAGCUGGAAUGCUUGCCUCGCCCUGCCAUGGUUGUCUGCCACUGACAUUCGCUCACUGAUAUCUGUCAGUGCUGGUGGUGCUGCGGGGUGCGUGCAGCCGCCUGGCUCUGUGCAGGGGCUGUGCCUGCCCUGCUCACGGCAGCAGAAGUGCUUCUGAGGUGGUAUUGCAGUUCAGUACCUGGACGUAGCUGAAGAAUUCCGUUUUUUGGCCUAGCCAGGCUGUUUAACUGUCUGGUGAGAUUGAAGAGAAAAUACAGACUGCUGUAAAAGUGCUGCUUGUGGUGUGAAAUGCUGCCUUCUUCCUUCAGAACUCUGACAGUUCUUUCAGGUGCAUUUUUUCAAGCUACAGUCAAGUAAGAGGAUUGGAAUUAAGUUACUAAAGCUAAAUGGAGGUGCUUUUGCAAAGCGUUGACAAAGCAGCUGUGUGGCUAGCAAUGCACACAGCUGCCUGACACAGGUUUUUGCAUGUAUGCCAUGGCUUCUGCUGGUCUUCCUUUCAGUUCUAAAGCUUGAAAGCACAAUCUAGUACUGAAAACACUUUUCAGGACUAAUUAAUGAAUUGGGAACAAUGUGCUUUUUGUCUAAUGAUUUUCUCCCCUCCUCAACCUCAUUUUCACCUUAAGGUAAAACACCACGGGGGUCAUGAAGCUGCAUAAGCAGGCUUUGAUGCUGGGCACUGGGCAUCUGUAUGGCUGGCACUUGGGCUGCUGUGCGUGGGUUUCUGAGAUCCAUCCAACCAAGUGCACCAGGUUCUUAACUUUGGAUGUGAAGGGGACCCAGAAUUUUGCUGGAGUGCUUUGGACGCUGCUGUCAUGAGUUCACCUGUAUGCGCAUGGAGGGGCAGGAAGGUUGACUCUCUGAUCACUGUUAAAUCCAUAUCUCAGUCAGACUUUGGCUGAUAAUGCCUGAAGCUCAUUUCAAGUUGGAAUCAGACCUGGAUGUAAUGACUGGAGCUCUGCUUCUCUUCUGUUGGUUCGGGGUGUAUAAGAAAGUAACACAGCACUUCUAGCUGGAGAUGCAGAUGAUCCUCCAAGAAUUACUCAAAACCCUGUCAUUAAUGGGAAUGUAGCAAUGGCUGAUGGACACAACAACACUGAAGAAGACAUGGAAGAUGAUACAAGUUGGCGGUCAGAGGCUACCUUUCAGUUCACAGUCGAACGCUUCAACAGAUUGAGUGAGUCAGUUCUCAGCCCUCCCUGCUUUGUACGGAAUUUGCCAUGGAAGAUCAUGGUCAUGCCACGACUCUACCCGGACAGACCUCACCAAAAAAGCGUAGGAUUCUUCCUCCAGUGCAAUGCAGAAUCUGAUUCCACGUCAUGGUCUUGUCAUGCACAAGCAGUUCUCAAGAUAAUAAACUACAAAGAUGAUGAAAAAUCAUUCAGUCGUCGUAUUAGUCACUUGUUCUUUCAUAAGGAAAAUGACUGGGGCUUUUCCAACUUUAUGGCCUGGAGUGAAGUUACUGAUCCUGAAAAGGGCUUUAUAGAAGAGGACAAGGUUACUUUUGAAGUCUAUGUUCAGGCAGAUGCUCCCCAUGGAGUGGCGUGGGAUUCAAAGAAGCACACAGGAUAUGUUGGCUUAAAGAACCAGGGAGCAACUUGUUACAUGAACAGUUUGUUACAGACUUUAUUUUUCACAAAUCAACUACGAAAGGCUGUGUACAUGAUGCCCACUGAAGGAGAUGAUUCAUCCAAAAGUGUUCCUUUAGCAUUGCAAAGAGUGUUUUAUGAGCUGCAACAUAGUGACAAACCAGUUGGAACUAAAAAGCUAACAAAGUCUUUUGGGUGGGAAACUUUAGACAGCUUCAUGCAACAUGAUGUCCAGGAGUUAUGUCGAGUGCUGCUUGAUAACGUGGAAAAUAAAAUGAAAGGCACAUGUGUAGAAGGCACUAUUCCUAAAUUGUUCAGAGGAAAGAUGGUGUCUUAUAUCCAAUGCAAACAUGUAGACUAUCGAUCUGAACGAAUAGAAGAUUAUUAUGAUAUCCAGCUAAGUAUAAAGGGAAAGAAAAAUAUUUUUGAGUCCUUCAUUGACUAUGUUGCAGUGGAGCAGUUGGAUGGUGAUAACAAGUAUGAUGCAGGAGAGCAUGGCUUGCAGGAGGCAGAGAAAGGUGUGAAGUUCCUAACGUUGCCACCAGUACUACAUCUGCAGCUCAUGAGAUUUAUGUAUGAUCCUCAGACUGAUCAAAACAUCAAGAUAAAUGAUAGGUUUGAGUUUCCUGAACAGUUGCCACUAGAUGAAUUUUUGCAAAAAACAGAUCCUAAAGAUCCAGCAAAUUACAUUCUUCAUGCAGUUCUAGUACACAGUGGAGAUAACCAUGGUGGACAUUAUGUUGUUUACUUAAAUCCAAAGGGUGAUGGAAAAUGGUGUAAAUUUGAUGAUGAUGUUGUAUCAAGAUGUACCAAGGAAGAGGCGAUUGAACACAACUAUGGAGGCCAUGACGACGACUUAUCUGUACGGCACUGCACUAACGCGUACAUGUUGGUUUACAUCAGGGAAUCGAAAUUAAGUGAAGUCUUGCAGCCUGUUACGGACCAUGAUAUUCCUCAGCAACUUGUGGAAAGGCUACAAGAAGAGAAAAGAAUAGAGGCUCAGAAGAGGAAGGAGAGGCAGGAAGCUCACCUCUACAUGCAAGUGCAGAUAGUAGCAGAGGAUCAGUUCUGCGGCCACCAAGGCAAUGACAUGUAUGAUGAAGAAAAAGUGAAAUACACCGUUUUCAAAGUAUUAAAAAACUCCACGUUGACAGAAUUUGUUCAAAACCUCUCUCAAACAAUGGGAUUUCCCCAGGAUCAGAUCAGAUUAUGGCCAAUGCAAGCUAGAAGUAAUGGAACAAAAAGACCUGCAAUGUUAGAUAAUGAAGCAGAUGGCAAUAAAACAAUGAUUGAGCUCAGCGACAAUGAAAAUCCAUGGACAAUAUUUUUGGAAACAGUAGAUCCAGAGAUGGCUGCUACUGGAGCAACAUUACCCAAGUUUGAUAAAGAUCAUGAUGUAAUGUUGUUUCUGAAGAUGUAUGAUCCGAAAACUCGGAGUUUGAAUUAUUGUGGACAUAUCUACACACCUAUAUCCUGUAAAAUACGUGACUUGCUUCCAGUUAUGUGUGAGAGAGCAGGAUUUCCACAAGAAACUAACCUUAUCCUCUAUGAGGAAGUUAAACCCAAUUUAACAGAAAGGAUUCAAGACUAUGAUGUGUCUCUUGAUAAAGCUCUUGAUGAACUCAUGGAUGGUGACAUCAUAGUGUUUCAGAAGGAUGACCCAGAAAACGAUAACAGUGAGCUGCCAACAGCUAAGGAAUACUUCAGAGACCUCUAUCAUCGUGUGGAUGUCAUUUUCUGUGAUAAAACCAUCCCCAACGACCCUGGUUUUGUUGUUACUUUGUCCAAUAGGAUGAAUUACUUUCAGGUUGCAAAGACAGUUGCACAAAGACUUAAUACAGAUCCAAUGCUAUUACAGUUUUUCAAGUCUCAAGGUUAUAGGGACGGCCCUGGUAAUCCCCUUAGGCACAAUUAUGAAGGUACUUUAAGAGAUCUUCUGCAGUUCUUCAAGCCUAGGCAACCUAAAAAGCUUUACUAUCAACAGCUCAAAAUGAAAAUAACUGAUUUUGAAAACAGAAGAAGUUUUAAAUGCAUAUGGCUAAAUAGCCAAUUUAGGGAAGAGGAAAUAACAGUAUAUCCAGAUAAGCAUGGGUGUGUGCGGGACCUCUUAGAAGAAUGUAAAAAAGUUGUAGAGCUCUCUGAAAAAGGUUCAGGGAAAUUAAGGCUGCUAGAAAUUGUAAGUUACAAAAUAAUUGGCGUCCAUCAGGAAGAUGAGCUGUUAGAGUGUUUGUCACCCGCAACAAGUCGAACGUUUCGAAUAGAGGAAAUUCCUCUGGACCAGGUAGAUAUAGAUAAAGAAAAUGAGAUGCUAAUCACAGUGGCACAUUUCCACAAGGAGGUUUUUGGGACAUUUGGAAUUCCGUUCUUGCUGAGGAUACACCAGGGCGAACACUUCAGAGAGGUUAUGAAGCGGAUUCAGACAAUGCUGGACAUACAGGAAAAAGAAUUUGAAAAGUUUAAAUUUGCAAUUGUAAUGAUGGGCCGACACCAGUAUCUCAAUGAAGAUGAGUAUGAAGUGAACUUGAAAGAUUUUGAGCCCCAACCAGGCAACAUGUCUCAUCCAAGGCCGUGGCUAGGGCUUGACCAUUUCAAUAAAGCCCCAAAGAGAAGUCGCUACACUUACCUUGAAAAAGCUAUUAAAAUCCAUAACUGACUUAAUAAACCAGAUUGUCGAGGCAAGGGACAAAAUAAGUGUGUGUGUGCACCUUUUUAACAACUGUAGAACUUUGGUACACGUGCACUAUAUCUGAAGUCUUCAGCAAGAGGAUUUGCUGCUGAUGUUAAUUUUAUUUUGUUGAGGCUGUUCAGUUUGGCUUCUCUGUAUCUAUUGACUGCCCUUUUUGAGCAAAAUGAAGGUGUUUUUAUAAAGCUUGGAUGCCAAUGAGAGUUAUUUUAUGGUAAACGUAAUGCAAGGCAAUUGUCAGCAUAAUGAGGGAAGAGUUUAGUAGAACAAUUGACAUUGGCAAAAUAUUUGUCUGUAGUACGUUUAUAGAUGGCAUAAGCUGGCUGGCUGCCUUUCCUGGUAUGGUGUUCACCAUCACUGCAGCUAGUAAGUCUUAUGUUUAGACUCACAUCAGAUUUAUUUCCUUCAGUUAUACUUUAAAUGACAUUUUUGUGCAUUUGUAAAUGCAAAAAACUCACAUCAUCAAUAAAUAGCAAUCUCUACUUCAUUGUGUACAUUGUUGGCACUUAUUUGGGAUUUUUGUCUCCUCCAGCUGCAUAGAAUCUUUUUUAAUAAACUAGUUUUCAUUUAAUUUAGUCACUACUUCGCAUCCCGUUUUGCCAAGCGGAUGCCCUGACUCCUAUAAUGAGAUAUUUGGGUCUUUUUAUGAAAAUUUCAACCAUUGUUGAAUACAGUUGCAAUUUAUUAUGCCAUCUUCUGGCAGAUAGAAUGACACUCAGAGUUGGCAAAAGCAAGUGAAAGGAUUAUAAAUAUCAUUAAUUUAGUUAACGUGGGAAGAGACGGGGAAAACACGAGAAAUAGCCUUUUAGCACAGAGGGGCAUGCUCACUAGUGUUUAGUAAGCUGUUGACUUUGUAUAAAAAAGGAGGAAAAAAAAAGAAAAAAAAGAAGAAAUGAAAUUGUAUAUUUAAUGAAUGAACAUGUACAAUUUAACACUUGGAGGAUAAUUUUGUUGGGUGAGUCUGCAAGUGAAUUUCACUGAUGUUGAUAUUCAUUGUGUGUAGUUUUCUUUCAGUCCCCAGACUGCUUCCUUUUAUUUUGGAGCUAAUGCCAGCCGCGUGUCUAGUUUUGAGUGCAGUAAAGAUAGAAUCAGCAAUUCACACUUAACUUUACAUUCUUUUCCAGUAUUUUAUUUUGUUUCUGUAGCUGCAGUGUACAACAACUCUUCCUGUAUAUUGCCUUUUUUUGCUGGAAAAUGUUGUAUGUUGAAUAAAAUUUUCUAUAAAAUUUUC